ACGCAACCGUCGCGCCCCGUGCCCGCUCCUCCACCAUCGUCGCCAGCCUCGGCACCCCCGCGCCCUCCAACUCCUCCUCCUUCCGCCCCAAGCUCAUCAGGAACACCCCCGUCCAGGCCGCGCCCGUCGCACCCGCAUUGUAAUCCAUCCAUCCAUCCGGUCCGGGGGAGAGGAGAGAAAAACCAAAAGAGUAGAGUCGCGAACGCGAGCGCGAUAGUUGAAGAUGAGCGGCUGCCUGUGCCUCCCCUGCUGCUAUAAGAAGCCCUCCGCCCCCGGUGGGGAGAACACCCCAGCAGCAGCGGCAGCGAUAGAUUCUUCCUCCUCGUCACUCCUCCAGAAGCCUACCUACCAUCCACCACCUCCUCCACCCUCCAACAAGAUGGACGCCGCCGUGGAGCGCCUCAAGACCGGGUUCGAGAAGUUCAAGACCGAGGUCUACGACAAGAAGCCCGAUUUCUUCGAGCCCCUCAAGGCCGGCCAGGCGCCCAAGUACAUGGUGUUCGCGUGCGCCGACUCCCGUGUGUGCCCCUCGGUCACCCUGGGCCUGGAGCCCGGCGAGGCCUUCACCAUCCGCAACAUCGCCAACAUGGUCCCGUCCUACUGCAAGAACAAGUACGCUGGUGUUGGAUCGGCCAUCGAAUACGCCGUCUGUGCUCUCAAGGUUGAGGUCAUCGUGGUGAUUGGCCACAGCCGCUGCGGUGGAAUCAAGGCUCUCCUCUCACUCAAGGAUGGCGCAGACGACUCCUUCCACUUCGUCGAGGACUGGGUCAGGAUCGGCUUCCCGGCCAAGAAGAAGGUGCAGACUGAGUGCGCCUCAAUGCCUUUCGAUGACCAGUGCACCGUCCUCGAAAAGGAGGCCGUGAACGUGUCCCUCCAGAACCUCUUGACCUACCCGUUCGUCAAGGAGGGUGUGUCCAACGGAACCCUCAAGCUCGUUGGCGGCCACUACGACUUCGUCUCCGGCAAGUUCGAGACAUGGGAGCAGUAAAUCUUCCCCACCGGUUAACUCCUAUAUAUACAUGCGAAUACAAACGCGUACAUAUAUCAAGAUAUCGUCCGACCGUCCGACCGACCGAUGUGAAUCCAAUGCCAUGGAGUGCGUACUCGUUAUUUUCCAGUACUGGAUGCCGGGAUGGCCCGAUGUGAAUUCGCCAUAAGCAAUAGAACCUUUUUUCUUUUACCAUUUUCUGACGAGGAAUUGUACUACCAUGUGAUGCAUAAUUUGAUCGUCCUGUGAUCAAAAGACAUCAUAUAUAAGUUUAAUAAUAUUUUCAUGAACAGUUUACCCUUUUA